UUAUUUCUGAUUAACAUGGCGAAUGGCUAGAAACGGUCGGCUGUUUUGAAUGUGAAAUUUGUGUGAGGUGAAGAUGUAGUUGCAUUGUGACUGGUAAACUGGAUACUGACAUGAUUCCAGUGACAAUUGUUGUGGACACUCUUUUGCAUUCUUGGUGAUCUAUUUUUAUAGCGAUAUUUAACUGGUCGUGUAAUUACAUUCUCCUUCUGCGAAAGGGGUAGACUUGUUAUAGGUACAGAGUACGAUUAAAACAUGACUAUGUUGAACUCUAAUUACCUCUGACAUUAUGGAAGAGAAGCAGAUUUAGCUGCCGUGACUAUGAAGCGGGCAAGGCGGGCACAGCGCCUCCCAGUGCAAGACUGCAUUUUUAAAAGGUCAUUCGGAGGAAAGUUAUUGUUCCGGUUUCAACAUCUGCAAAAAUGACUUGGCAAAUGAGGUGGUAAUAAUUAUAGAAGAUGUAUAAAGUUUACUCGUAAUGAGCUAAUAGAAAGUUGUAGGUAGAAUCAAAUGUGAAAGCUCCCCAUAUACAACCACGCAGGCCCAACGUUCAGCCUCGCGUCUGCUCUAAUAUUAGCUGAAGCAUUUGUUUGACUGGAAAAUGGUACUUCUUUUCUUCAAUUAUCUCUUCGCUAGGUUUGCCUGCAUAAAAUGUCGCCGACAUUUUGUACAACUUGACCAGGUAGACGGUGGAGUCAUUAUUGAUGAAACAAUUAGUGUUUAUAAUACUUCUGGUUUUUUUUAAAUAGAGACUGGAUCCUUCGGUUCUUGUCCUUUCUAAACCCAGUAACAGAUUCACGGGAAUAAUUCGACACUAUCAUUUUAAAAUCAUACACAUAAGAAAAAGUGUAUCAGCAUUCGUAUAAUAAAAAAACAAAAUAUUACUUAUAUAUUAGACAGACUCUGUCCCCAUAUUUCAAAUGACCAGUAUAAUAUUAAUCUGCAUUAUUAUCAGGCAACCAGAAAACAAUAAUACAAAUGUUCAAAUUCUACCUUCUUUACAACAGGAAUAGUAAAUCUUUCUUUUCACCUUGGGUCUACCAUUGCUCUUUCACUAAGAUAAUCAGAACCUCUGACAGGAUAUCGUCCAACUGCUAUAGAAGGCAACAUCUCACCACGCGAUAUUCGCCACAAACACUCUUCAAGUAACAGCAUACUUUAACCGCUAGAUAAACGUUGAGCAGCGACUCACUUUAAAUGGGUCCACAUAAUGUUUAAGCAGUAUUCGCAAAGCAAUGGCCCAGCGCCAUGGAUCCAUCGUUUCAGCACUAGUUUUACAAUGUGAAUCUUUAGGCGUUGAUAAAUAAUGAAGGACAAUUGCUGCUGAAAAGCAAAACAGUCUUGACAUAUGCUGAAGCAGCUUCUGCAAGAAAAUGGCUUUCUGGGUCAGUAGAAAGCUGAACUUUUGAAAAAUUCAAUUUUGUUUUUAAAAUCGGUGUACUUAUACGUAGGAAAGCUCUUGGCAGACUGUUGACAAUAAUAGCUUUCAUUGAACCACAGAAUCUAUGAAUAAAUAUAGGCCUCACUUCCCAAACACUUAGUUUGCAUUGACAUUCUCUAGGUCAAAAUCUGUUAGAUCAAAAGUCGCAGCACUUGUGUGGGCAGUUAAAAAAAGAGGUGAAUUUUAAUCGGGUUUGUUCAUCAAUAACUCUUUGGCAUUGACCUGUCUGAACGAGUCGAGCAGUAAGGUGAAAUGCAGGUCACAGCGUCUAACAAAUAUUAAAAUGUGUAGCACCAAUCAGCUUCACAAUAUGCGUUAAUUUGAUCAGUAAAGAGAUUUGGCUUUCGGAUUAUCGGAUGAUGUAAUGAUAUCUGGUAUUUUCAGAGCAAAAAGCCUUUUUUAAAAGCAGAAUUCACUGUUGGUGUUUUCGUUGGCGCCAUUGGUUGUCGGAAAGUGUUUAGCUGUUUUCUUUCCUAAAUCACUGGGCUAAAUGGAAAAAAAAUCGCAGCUCCGUUAUUCAUCUUAUUUGGCAAACUGGAUGUAUCCUUUGUCAUCCUGCGUACGUUGGGUUGCCUGCCGUUUCUUCAAGUGCCCUCGCUAUUGUUAUGCUGCUCUCGGGCGAAAACAACAACAAGAAAUGCGUGCACGCCGAAUACCUGUUCUAUCCUUGAUUUAUAUGAAAAGCGACAAGGAAUGGUCGAAAAUUCUCUUUGAACAAAAGAGCAAAUUACCUGAGCAAUAUUCGAGCGCUCAGUGAAUGAUCAUUAUUCGCUCCUAAUGGGAACCGCUAUUCUAUGCAUUUUCCGGAAACUAUCUCGAAUGCUCAGUGGUUGCUGUAAAAACAAUAAGGAGGGUGCGGAAUUUAUUUUAUUUUUCAAAUCAAGAUUUUGUGGACGAAGUUUGUAAAAUUUGUCAUUAGCUGUUUCCUUAUCCGGGAAUCGGGCCUAGCCCCGUCAUUGGUUCGUAUAGUCACAUGGGUGACUAACUUUAUUCAGUUGACAGCAAGUAGGAGGGCUUUAUGGAACGGGAAAAAAGACAACUCGAGAAAAAUUAGUAUUUUCCACCUUCAGAAAUUAAUGACCAUGAGUUCGUUUUUGGUGAAUUCUAAAUAUGUGGAUCCCAAAUUUCCUCCUUGCGAGGAAUACUCGCAAAAUAACUACAUACCUGACCACUGCUCAGAGUAUUACAGCCAGCCGCAGGACAUUGAUUUUCAGCACCAAGGAGUCUAUCCACGGUCAAACUACAGCGGCCAGUCGUACAGCUGCAGCAACGCUCGGGGCUCUCCGGUGCAGCAGAGGGGUCAUGUGCAGGCACAGCCCGCUCCUCAGAACCACCUCUCAGCCCAGGGGGAGCCCGUUGCACCGCUCCAAGUGUCCAUAGCCCGGCCUUGCAACCAGCAGCAACACAAUACAAAGAAUCAAAACGGCACAGCAACCAAACAGCCAGCGGUGGUUUAUCCUUGGAUGAAGAAAAUCCACGUUAACACGGUGAAUCCUAAUUACACUGGAGGGGAACCCAAACGCUCACGAACUGCCUACACAAGGCAGCAGGUCUUAGAACUGGAGAAGGAGUUCCAUUUUAACAGGUAUCUGACAAGACGACGUCGUAUUGAAAUAGCCCACACGUUGUGUCUUUCCGAACGCCAGAUCAAAAUUUGGUUUCAAAACCGAAGGAUGAAGUGGAAAAAGGAUCACAAAUUGCCGAACACUAAGACCAGAUCGUCCAGUUCUUCUUCUGCUUCCAGUCAACAGUCACAAACUGUUUCCAAGGACCAACAAACAGACCUCACAAGUUUAUAGAACAACACCUCAUAAGUGGUUCUCUGUGUAUAUAAUGAGACAUUUCCAAGCAGAAAUUGCAUGUACCGAUAACAUGGCUUGUAGGUGCUUUCUUGGUGCUAUUUUUCGGGCAUUGAAGCGACCUUAUCAUAUACAGUCACCUUGUUCUAAAAUCUAGGAAAUGAGACAAAAAGGGUAAUGUUAUCUGAGCUCCAAUAGAAACGGUUGCGACUCUAGUAAGUAGUUGUUCUUGCCAUACAACACAUCUUAGUAACCUCAGUAAGUGCAAGGUACUAGGUCAUGGAGACAUGAUGAGGUAUACGGUCCAGGAAGGUACAUGUAUAGUCUGCUAGCAUGAAAUUGAAAGGCUGCGACGCUUGUUCAUGGUCUUUUUUAUUUUAUAAUGAAGGCACAGCGAUUUGAUGUGGCAAUUUCUUAUUCCCACGGCUAUUUUGCUCGUAAUGUGUAUUUUUGCGACCCCAUCUCUUUGUGUAUAUUGUGUUGAUAUUGGAGAUUUAUAGUGAUCAGGAAUUAGACAGUGUUUUGUGGUUUCCUUAUUUAAAAUAUGAAAAUGGUAUUUGUAUUGUGCUGCUGAAUGGAUUAUUGUUACAAUGCAAGAUUGCAUACAUUUUUAUGUUCAAGAAUGAUACCAAAAUUCGUCCGCACUACUAAAGUUCGAAAAUAAAUUAGUAGUAACAAGA